GUGAAAGAGAGGACAGAGGUGAGACUUGAGAAAGCAACUUCCAUAGUCAACGACCGAAGAAAAUUGCAGGUUUUCCUUUGCCAGAGCUAACUAACUAUACAGCUCCUGCUUCUCGUCUAUCACAACAUGAGUUCUAACAGGCCCCAAAACCAGGAGAUGAAAUCUGAUCAGGCUGGAGUCAAUGUUGAGAAUAAAGAAUCAAAAGCUCAUAUGAUUGAAAUCUUAAUAUCUUCAUUUGAUCAAAAACUAGAGAAGUUGUCAGUAGAUCCUUCAUACUCGUAUGCAGCAUGUAUCUAUAGAGUUUCUGAGAAGCUACGGGGAGCAAAUGAAGGAGCCUACACUCCUCGAUUAGUGUCAAUUGGACCACUUCAUCAUAAUCAAACCCAACUUCAAGGCAUGGAAGUUUCCAAAUUGAAAUUCAUGCAUAAUUUCUUGAGCAGAUUUGGAAUUGGGAUGCAUACCUUAGUCAAAUUUGCAGCAAAGGAAGAAAGUUUUGUUCGUGGGUGUUAUGAGGGUCAGAUUGACCUUUCUGUUAAGCAACUUACAGAAGUUAUUCUCUUGGACGGGAUAUUCAUCGUUGAACUUUUCCUACAAAACUAUUUUUCACAGCUGAGAGACAAAAGCGAGUCAAUAUAUGAAAAUCAGUGGAUGCACAAUAAUUUGUUGCAUGAUAUGAUGUUGAUAGAAAAUCAGCUGCCUAUAAGAAUAAUGGAGAGCCUGAUGAAUUUUGUGGAUCUAUCAUUCUUGAACGAGGGCACCGUGCUCACCAUCUAUGAUCUUGCUCACAGUUUCUUCAAGAAUGUUGGUAAUACGCACAAGGUUGCAUUGUCAGCACGGUGUUACAAUGCUAGGCAUUUUGUUGAGUUUCUUUUGUUUCUUCAUGCUCCACCAGGGCGUUCUCAUGAUACAGAAAAUCCGAGAAAAAAAACAUCUUUAGCUAGAAAGUUUGAAUACACUCGCAGUGCAACAGAGCUACAAGAAGCUGGAGUCACGUUCCGUGGUGGGAAAGCAGAUUGUUUGCUUGAGGUUUCCUUUUUUCUACCCGGAGAUGGAAAAGGAGGUUGCUUGUUUGAGGUUCUGUGUGAACGAGGAGGUGAGCUGACGAUCCCCAAAUUGAGAGUUGAUGAAUUGACUGAGACAUUCUUUCGGAAUCUUGUAGCCUUUGAGCAGUUAGGCCAUUUCGGGUACUUUUCCAAAUAUAUUACUAGUUACGUCAUACUCAUGGAUAGCUUCAUAGACACACCGGGUGAUGUUGAUCUACUUGUGUAUCAUGACAUUAUCGACAAUAAGUUAGGCGACAGCCAACAAGUAGCAGACCUGUUUAACACUCUUCACAAGGAAGUUGUGACUGAAGCAAACGACUUCUAUUUUGCUGAGCUCUGUAGUGAUUUGAACGACUACGCAAGGAUUGGCUUCACCAGUGGAAAGCCAGCUGGUUUAGAUCAAAAGUGAUGCUGAGAAAGAAUUAUUUCAGCAACCCUUGGUCCUUCUUGUCUCUUACCGCUGCAACCGUGUUGCUCAUUCUUACAGUGAUACAAACAGUCUGUUCUAUUCUGCAGGUUCAAUGAGUAGGAGGAAAGGAGUCCUAUUAUUUGUAAAGAAGGGAAAAUGGUGGGAGAUGCAUUCUUUUGAGCAUGUCCUGGUAACACAUGGUCUUGACUCUUGUCACCAAUGAUGCAAACUUUUGUGUAUGACUUUGUAUUGUAUUUGUGAUGUUGCAUAUGACAUUUCUAAUUUCUAUAUAAUGGUGAAUGAGAUGGUCUUGA